AGUGGAGAGAGGCAGAGUGGAGAGAGUCAGAGUGGAGAGAAUCAGAGUGGAGAGUGUCAGAGUGGAGAGAGUCAGAUUGGACAGAGUCAGAGUGGAUCGAGUCAGAGUGGACAGAGUCAGAGUGGACAGAGUAAGAGUGGACAGGGUCAGAGUGGACAGAGAAGGCGUGGACAGAGUCUGGGUGGAGAGAGUCAGAGUGGACACAGUGAGAUUGGAGAGAUUCGGAGUAGUGGACAGAGUCAGAGUGGACAGAGUCAGAGAGGGCAGUUUCGGAGUGGAAGUGGACAGAGUCAGAUUGGACAGAGUCAGAGUGGAGAGAAUCAGAUU